AAUGAUUUGGCAUCAAUGACGUUUUACGACGUUACGGUGCUUGUAAACAUGGCGGACAUGAACAACAAAGCUGUGGAAGUGGAUGAAGGAGAAAAUAAACCUUCUGGUAAAGAUGUAAUCCGUGGUUCAGACAACCAGAAGAAACCUUCCGCUGACGGUGGAACCACAGCGGAGUACUGCGAGAAGCUGCAGACAUGGAUGUGGCAGUACUACGCUGGCUAUGUGAACUGGCAGAGCUGGCUAGCGGCGUCGGCGGUGUCCUGCCCUUAUUUACAGCCACCCAGCGGAACCCCCACGGCUGGUGACUGGCAUGCCGGCCCACUCGGGCUUCCGUUGUUGCCGUAUCCACCUGCGGUCAGCCGAGCGGGUGAAGCCCCCGUCGGCGCUGCCGCGCAGCAGCACCAACCGCCGCCUCAAGCUAACGGAAACGCGCAGAGACCGGGGCGGGAGUACAGCAUCCCCUCUCCUCUCCAGAGACUCAUGGCGGAGAUGGUGGACUUCUUCAUCUUGUUUUUCAUCAAAGCUUCUAUAAUCAUCAGUAUUAUGCAUCUGAGUGGAAUCAAGGAUGUUUCCAAGUUUGCCAUGCAUUUGAUCGUGGAGGAGAUCGACGAGGACACGUCGAUGGAGGAGCUGCAGAAGAUGAUGCUUGUUGCUCUAGUGUACCGGAUCUUGGUGUGUUUUUAUGAGAUUGUGUGCAUCUGGGGAGCAGGAGGUGCCACGCCAGGGAAGUUUCUCCUCGGACUCAGAGUCGUUACGUGUGACUCGUCGGUUCUGGUUCAGCCCAACAGGGUGCUCGUGGUGCCAGCCACUAACGUCUCUCUCUCUGCAUCAACUGUCCGGGCUUUGAAUAAGAACUUCUCCAUAGCCUUCUUCUUCCCAGCCUUCAUCACACUCCUCUUCUUCCAGCACAACAGGACUGUGUAUGAUAUGGUUGCCGGUACCAUCGUUGUCAAGCGAUCCAGAGCCAGAUGACGCAGAACGGGACGCGUAAAAUGACUCUGAUGUUUUAGUGAAGCGGCUCCCAGAGCCACUGCUGUGUUCACGCGUCGCAGCAGAGUUCAGGCGUUUGCUGGGAGCCCGCAUCCGUAAGAACUGCUUCCGUUCAUCGUGACCAGCACUGUUUUUCUGCAUGCAUGUCCAGAUAAUGUUUCCGGUGUCUCCUCCUGGACCAACAGGAAGGAUGAUGGGGAUUUAGCCCGUUUUCGGCACAAGUUGCACCUUCACUUCUGUGUGAGGCGAAGGGCGAGUGCCGCCCGCUGCUCAGUAUUUAAGCCGCUGAUGAUUUCGUAUUUCACCCCCAGUAUCUGGCCGUUUCCGCCGGUCUCCAAAGCGGACGAGAGGUCGUGUAAAAUGCAAACACGAAAAGUUCUCUUCUUGGAAAGGUGUGCAUAGAUUUAGGUUUGAUUUGAUCCGCCCUGUUUAAGGCUGAGAUGGAGGCACAUUUAAAGGUUUUUCUCUGUAAGCCGAGGUGUAUCGGACGCUAAAUGUUAACCGUUUAUGUAUUUCAUUAGCAUUUCUGAAUGUUCUCUGAAUAAAACCAGGCCUGUGGCUCUGAAAGCAUGAA